AUGAGCUUGAAGAGCGUGGAAGCGGGUGGGGAUGGAGUCAGGGCUAAGGAUAGCCCUUGUUACUUCUGCAAUGAUAUGUUCGAGAUGGGGAAACUGCAGAGUCACCUGAAGCAAUGUGGCAGUAUAUUGGAGCAGUGUCCUCUGCGCUGCGGCGCGUGGAUACAGCGGAAGCACAGGGAGACACACGUCAACGAGUGUCCACAGAUGGAAAAGGCACGUAACGUCUCCUCUCCAAGUCACGUGAGAGUGUCUGACCCUGCGCCGCCCGUCGUCAUCAACCACACCUGGAACCCGAGGAACGUCCCUCUAGAAGAUUGUGUUUCGUAUCUUGAAAAAGAAUUAGCGUCUAUUAAAUUAAUACUAUCAGAGGAAACCAGCCACCGCGAUCUCCAGGCCACUGAACUUGAGAAUCUCCGCUCUAAGCUCGUGUUAGUUGAGGAGAGAUCCCAACACUUCCUGUCAACCAUUGUAUCCCUACGCGCGGCGGUAGACGACGAGUCUGAACGGUCUUCCAACUGGGCUGCCCAGUUCAAACAUGAUUUAGCUAAUGUUCAAUUGGCUUUACAGGAGCUUCAAAGCCAGCAGCUGAACACAGUUAUGCGACUUGAAAGUGCUGUCAGCAGUCUGGUUCACGAGCAAAAUGAGAGGGAACUCCUGGAGCAAGCGUUGACGCAGCACGAUAAUAGGAUUCGAACAAUUAAAAGUCUCGAGGAAGUCAUAGAGUAUCUCAAGCAGACGGUAGAAGAAGAAAGAGAGAGGAACGCAGAGAGCCGCGCUAUGCUGGAGACAGAGUUACUGGAGGCGCGCAGGUCUUCUGUACACCUGGCGCAGCUGGCGGCGUUGAGGGUGCAGCUGCAGAACGAGACUGGAGAACGACCGGCAAUAGAUCGUCUCGCAGUGCUAGAAGUAGCGACAGCAGACGUUCGAGCCGAAGCAGCGGAACACGCCUCCAAGAUGGACCUCAUCAGUCGCGACCUGCGCGCGCUCACCAAGUCCUACCACAAGAUACGCUCAGAGCUGGCUGACUUCCAGACUAGGGUCACUUUAGACAGCCCUGAGUUUGGCGGUGACGAUGGUCAUCUAAUAUGGAGAAUAAACAACUUUUCGGCGAGGAUGAAGGAAGCAAAAGAAAAUGACGCAGUACUGACGAGUCCGAUUUUCCGUACAAGCAAAUACGGAUACACGCUUAAGGGGGAGUUGAAUUUGAAUGGUAUCGGCAAAUGGAAGGGUCGCAACAUAACCAGUACAGUGCGACUUGUGUCAGGGCCUUACGACGCGCUGCUGGAGUGGCCCUGUGACCUCAGUGUCAACAUCAUACUUAAAGACCAGCCAGCUAAGAGAAGCCAGGCAAUGGACAUCGUGAAAUCCCUCGAUCUUCGUCGAAAAUCUUCAUCAAGACGACACGACUACGACGACGAAGACGAAAAAACCAAAUCCACGGAAACCCUGGAUAUCAUCCAGAUGAAGAGGCAGUACAUCUUCAUACCGCACACCAGUCUCGACAAGUUCGAGUAUAUCAAGAAUGAUGUCAUGUUCAUCGAAAUCAUUGUCAAUCAAUAGAAAAUUUUUAAAAGUGCUACGCAAUACUGUAUAAAUACAUGCCUAGUUUAAAAAUAGGAGCAAUGAUUAAGAA